UCUGAAAGCAUGCAUGUGGUCAGUGUGAUGCAUUAGAAAAGAGCCCGCCUCUUUACAUUAAAGGCAGCGUUACUGGAGCACAGUUCAUUUGUGGACCUUGCAGAGCGGCAGUCACACGCACCAUGAAGAAGUUCAUCUUGAUAACAGCUUUACUUCUCUGCAGCCUCAGCUGGAUCUCUGUCUCAGGUUCUGAGUCUCAGACUGUGGAGGUCCAGGCUGGUGAAGGAGUCACUCUGACUUGCUCCAACACGUCCACACAAGAGGUUCAGACAUCCUGGUUCAGACUGGUCCAGGGAACUAAGCUCGUCUGUAUCUCUGCUAUGGCAAACUCCAAGAGUAGUGUGAACUUCUGUGAUGGAUUUGAAGGUGGAAACUUUAAUAUGAGUUCCAACAUCUCCACCGUCUUUCUCAAAAUCAAACAAGUGAAUUCAUCGGACUCUGGACUGUAUUUCUGUGGAUUUACUCAAGGUGGAAAGCAGACUUUCUGUGUGACACGUUUAAAGGUUAACGGCAGCGAUGAGUCAGGUGAUGACACGGAAAACGACUUUAAAAAGUCUGACAGAAUCACACAGCUGACGAGUCCCAUCCUGGCCGCUCUGACUGCUUUACUUGUACUUGUCAUCAUUGGUCUGGUUGUUAAAGUCAGGAAGCUUCAGACAGCGAAUAAAGAAGAACAGAGUCCAGAGCACGGAGAGAAUGCGGCCUCUGAUGACCUGAACUACGCAGCAGUGACAUUUCGAACAGCGAAGCCAAAAAGAAGAGAGCUGGAGCCAAAUGUUAUUUAUGCUGCCACCAGAUAGACUCAGGAGGCACCUGGAACUGAU